AUGCGCCGCCCCUCCUGCCUCUCGCUCUUUGGAGCAGAACCCAAUACCGAUACCCUCCACCGCUUCGAAACUUCCUGGCUCCUAUCCCCGACCAUCCUCGCCGGUCUCCGCGGCCUCAUCGCCCUGUACAUCUUCACCACGAUCAUCGUCAUUUGGGCCUGGUACGGUACCCACGAUGACCGCACCGCCAUCGGUCAGUCCUUCAGCUACUUCACCUGGUUAACAUACUGGGGUCUGGGCUUUUAUCAUCUCUUCGCUGCGAUUCACACGGCCUGCUAUGCGCGAACGGGCCGCUCCGUACUAUUCGAUCGUUGGCCCCGCGCCUGUCGCGUGCUCCAUGGCUUGUUGUAUGCGACGAUCACCACCUUCCCAUUCCUGGUGACGAUCGUCUUCUGGGCAAUUCUGUUCACACCACCUUUUUAUAAGGAGACGUUCCCUGGCUGGUCUAAUAUCUCCCAGCAUGGCCUCAACUCGCUGUACGCUCUGCUGGAAAUUAUCCUCCCAACCACGGCGCCACACCCCUGGAUGGCUAUCCCCGUUCUCAUUCUGCUGCUAGCACUUUACCUGUGUGUCGCAUACAUUACCGUCCACACCGAGGGCUUCUACACAUAUUCCUUCCUCGACCCGGGCUCCCACGGCCAAAAAAGCGGUCUCGUCGCGGGCUACUGCUUCGGAAUCCUCGCUGCGAUUAUCAUCAUCUUCUUGAUUUCUUGGUCGCUGAUCCGUCUACGUGUCUAUCUGGCCGCUGGGAGGAUUAAGCGGGCUGCGCGGGAUCCGUUGCGCGGUCAAGAUGCACUCGGUGAUGUCGCGACGGAGAUGCGUGACUCGUCGAUGGAGGUGAAGCCCACGCCGGUCUAA